CUUCAGACUCUCAUAUUCCAAUCUUCAUUCAAGUCCUCAACAGCUCAACAGCCACUCUAGAUUCUUUUAACUAUCCUCUUCGAAUUCAAUCCAUCUUGAAAGACUUGGUCGACCGUCUAUAGGUUUCUUUUUUUACAUCUACCUUGCGCAUAACUUGAAAAUCGUACAGCAAAAUUAACAGUGAUCCGCAUAUCAGUUAGAAUUAAUAACUUAACUCCUAACUAAACUUGAUUCAUUAUUAAACCUUGCUUCCCUUGCUUGAAUCGAUCUCUGCACUUAUUGGUUUAAAUCAUUCUGCUUACCCUUGAGUAUUAAAACCUUGUUUACCUUUUAACUUUAUCAUUACCCAUCUCAUCACUUUAUCUUGCUAAUCAAAGCUUCAAAAUCAUCAAACUCAAUGCCUCAAUUUGUCGGUGCCAUCGAUGUUGGAACGACCUCUUGUCGAUUCUUUGUGUUCGACCAAUAUGCCAAUGUCAUGGCGAGUCACCAACAAGAGUAUAAACAACACUAUCCUCACCCUGGCUGGCAUGAACAUGAACCUCAAGACUGGAUCACAAGUAUAGAUACUUGUAUUGACCAGGCGGUUAUCCAGCUCGAGGCUUUAGGCCAUCGAGCCACCGACAUCGCCACUGUUGGGUUCACUAACCAGCGUGAGACGACUGUGGUAUGGGACCAAAUCUCUGGUCGAAUCUUGCACAGAGCCAUUGCUUGGCCCGAUGUCCGUACUACUUCACUUGUUCACAAUCUCUCCGCAAAGACAAGCACAUUUGGCACUGGCGUGGAUCAGCUGCGAAAGAAAACAGGCCUGCCCAUCAGUAAUUACUUCGCAGCCCUCAAAUUACGCUGGCUCACUGACCACUGUGAUGCUGUAAGGGACGCGCUCGACGCAGAAACACUGCUGGUCGGAACUGUCGAUACUUAUCUACUCUGGCAUUAUACGGGCGGACUUGAGGGUGGACUUUACAUUACCGACGUCACCAACGCGUCACGGACCAUGCUCAUGGAUAUCAAGACUCUUCAGUGGUGUCCUGACCUCAUCGAGUUUUUCGAUUUUCCUCAUUCCGAAAAACUCCUCGCCCGACUUCCGCAGAUUGUUUCAAACGCUGAAAAAUUUGGAGCCUUUACCAACUCUCAUCCAGCCCUCGAGGGUAUCCCUAUCUCUGGCUUGGUUGGUGAUCAACAAGGCUCGCUUGUCGGGAAUCUCUGUCUCUCUCUUGGAGAAUCCAAAAGCACCUAUGGAACAGGGUGCUUUAUGCUUUACAACACUGGAACUGAGCCUAUUUGGAGUCGUUGCGGUCUCCUCACGACUCCUGGUUUCCAACUAGGUGUUGACUCUGCCCCAAUGUAUGCCUUGGAAGGUUCUGUUGCUGUGGGAGGUUCUUCAGUCCAGUGGGUCAAAAAUAAUCUUGGACUUAUCAAGAGUUCGUCUGAAAUUGGGGAAUUGGCCAGUGAGGUCGAGGAUACCGCUGGUGUCUACUUUGUCACCGCCUUCAGUGGAUUAUUUGCGCCCUAUUGGGAUGAUACCGCGACUGGCUUACUUGUCGGACUUACUCAGUUCACAACCAAACAGCACAUCGCUCGUGCAACCCUCGAAGCUACAUGCUUCCAGACCAAAGCCAUUUUGGAUGCGAUGGACAAAGAUCAACAGCAAGGUUACCAGCAACACUCUCCCACACCCUCAAGUUCAAGUUUUAUAUCCUCCUUAUCAUCUUCCACCAAUAGCUCAGUAGAACCCCCAUUGAGUCCGAUCACGCCUGGUAUAGAGGAGUUUCCAACUACUCGUCCUACUAGACCGCGUAGCGUUUUCAAGAUCCUCAAAGUCGACGGAGGAAUGACUGCGAAUGAUGUGUUAUUGCAAUUACAGGCAGACAUUCUAGGGGUCUCCGUCGAAAGAUCUGAAAUGAGAGAGACGACCGCACUUGGUGCAGCACUUUUGGCUGGACAUGCGAUCGGUUUAUUUGGUUGGGAUCUCUCAAAACCCGACACGAUGCGUGAAGUGAAUCAAUCCGGUCGCAGAAUCUUCAAGCCUAGUAUCAGUGAUGUGGAGCGGGAGAAACGCUACAAGGGUUGGAACAAAGCUGUCACCAGAAGUAAAGGGUGGUUUGACGAGGACGAUGAAGAAACUUUCGCGCCUGAAAUUUCUGUAGCGCCACCACAGCCAGACCCAUCCAAUGCCAAGCAGAUCGAUCUGCCCAAAACCAUCGCUACCAAUAUUCCAUCCAAUCAAUUCCAGGUGGUCAACUCAUGAAUCUAGUCCCAUUAAUUUUACCCUCGUACCCAGGUGAAGUAAAUGGUGUAUCAGAUAGGAGAUUAUGUAAGUUUAUGAAGUCAAUGUGUGGAAUUUGAGUGUCCACAUUCGCAUGUUUAGUACCGCAAUCAGUGUCUUUUCUUGUUUUCUAUCACGCAUACGCUUUUCUCAAUUUCAUAUGGACUUUGUUUUCCUUUCGUGAAAGUUUCCCAACAGACAUUUUAAGAUAUAUACAGAAAGCGUAAUACAGCAUGACAAGUGAAAUUACAAUCAGUCACAUCUCAUCAUUUUUUAUCUCGUGAUCCAAGCUUCUGAUGGCUUUGAAAACUCGAUUUGUAUGCAAGCAUCAGACAAUAGAAAGGCUGAGGAUUGAAUAAGACAAUGUCAAUGAAUACAUGAUGGUAUCUUAGUAAAGCUUUUGCAACUUUGGAAUCUCAAAGCUGAAGACCAGCAAGCUUACUAC